AUGUGGUGCAGACUGCGAAAUGGCGCAUUCGCCCGCCCGUUGCGAUGCUAUUCCGCUCCGUCUAGACAUGGUCCUCUACAGGGAAUCCGCAUUCUUGACUUGACUCGAGUUCUAGCUGGCCCCUUCUGUACCCAGAUUCUAGCAGACUACGGCGCCGACGUGAUCAAAGUCGAGCACCCCAAAGGAGGAGACGACACGCGAUUAUGGCGCGAGGAAGGCGAAGAGAAGGUCUGGAAGCCAGGUACAAAGAACACGUCGCUGUACUUCAACGGGAUCAACCGCAACAAGCGGUCCAUCGCGGUGAACCUCAAACACGAGGCUGGCCGGAGCAUCAUCCUCGACCUUGUCAAGGACGUAGAUGUAGUAGUCGAUAACUUCAUCCCGGGGAAGCUGGAGGAACUGGGACUGGGCUACAAGGUCUUUGCAGAGACAAACCCGUCUAUCAUCCAUGCCAGUAUAUCAGGAUACGGAGCGACAGGCCCCUUCGCCCAACGCGCAGGGUACGACGCAAUCGCCGCCGCCGAGGCAGGUCUUCUGCACAUAACCGGCGAGCCAGAUGGACCGCCAACAAAGCCUGGCGUCGGGCUAAUGGACAUGGCGACUGGGCUAUACCUUCACGGCGCGAUAUGCGCGGCUCUAGUGUCCAAGGCACGAACGGGAAAGGCGCAGAAGAUCGACGCGUCGCUGUUCGAAACGACCAUCUCGAUAUUAAACAAUGUCGGCAUGUCCUGGCUGAAUCUGGCGAAAAAGGGACAACGCUGGGGAACGGCUCAUGCUACCAUUGUUCCUUACCGGGUGUUCAAGACGAAGGAUUCGGAGCUUAUGCUUGGGGCAGUUAAUAACCGGCAGUUCCGGGUGUUAUGUGCGAGAUUGGAAGAUGAGAGUAUUGCUGAUGAUCCUCGGUUUGUAGACAACGAUGUGAGGGUAAGAAAUCGUGAUGUACUGAAUGAGAUACUGCUGGACUGCUUCGCGAAAAAGUCGACAGAUGAGUGGAUGAAGGUCUUCGAAGGCAGUGGGAUGCCUCAUGGGCCGGUUAAUACGAUCGAGCAGGCUUUCGAGCAUCCGCAGACAAAAGCACGAGGGAUGGUGCAAACUAUCCAGCACUCUGAUGCAGAGGAUGGGAGGAUUCAUGUUCCAGGGGUGCCUGUCAAAAUCGAUAACUCUCAAUCAACCAGGGCCACCCAGCCACCAGGGCUUGGGGAACAUACCGACGAUAUUCUCGCAGAGAUGGGGCGUUCUGAAUCGGAAGUCAAGAGUCUUCGUGCGCAGGGAGCUAUAUAG